GGCAUGGGGUUCAACCCCACAUUAUCUGUAGGGAAACCACAAAUUCGGAUACCUCAAACAACCAAUGCUGAAGAACAUUUGUAUCUAUCUUCCGCCGUUUAAAUAUGUGAAAAAUAUAAAAUGCUAUCUAAGAGAACUCAGUCUAAAUCUAAAUCUACGUCGAAGCUCUCCGAAGUCCAUAAAGUCGAGGAAAAAUUCUCUAGAAGUUGCUCAACCACUCGUAGAUCAAACGAUGUGAAGGAGAAGCUGAAAAAUCUAGUAAGCAAAACUAAUGACCCUCCCUCGGACCCAGAACCUGAACAGUCCGAUCUGUCAAAUCGUCCUGACAUUCCGGAGGUCCUUCGCAAGCAAGGGACAAGCACGAAUUGUUCCAACAGUGCUGAUAACGACUGUCCAUGCAACACCCUGGAAGCUGUUGAACAGGUCUCAAAACAAAUAUCCUACUCGGAUCGACGAAACUGGAUUUCCGUUGACCGACUAAAUGAGCUCCGAAAAAAAGCCCAUGAAGGAAUUAAAAAUCACAGGAUUUUCACCAUUCGAGGAUGCUUCUUUUCAGUACGAAACGCCCUAGCCGCAAGAGGAUGGGUGGAAAAAUUGGAUGUACAUCGAAAAUACGGAAUCAUGGGAAUGUCUCAAGUUACUUACGAGGACCUGGCUCAAAACCUCCCUAAAAGACGACCGGGCGAAUCGCGUCGUCAGUAUCUAAUAAAAUGUGAACGCAACAUAAUGUCAAGGUUUCUGGAGCAUGUUCCCAUUGAUUUUCUAUGGACGGCACGAAGGGAGAAAUGUGAUUGGAUCGAUCAAGCGAAGAAUCCUUCCAUGAUAAUCAACAGAUUUCACAGAGCCCCGUUUACAUCCAAGGAAGGUCUAUGUACUCAGCUACGUGAUUUUCACUGGUUCUUUGAGGAUGGUGUUUCAGAGAUGUUUUUUCCUCGCUGCUACAAUGUCUGGAGUCCAGAGGAACUUACUGAGUUCAUAGAAAACUUCCGUAUGACCGCCUGUAUAGGUUUCCUCAAAUACAUCGUUGAAAAAUAUCGAACUUCAAAUUGGGACGCGGUAUUUGCUCAAACGGCAAAGAUUCCUUUUUCCGCCAUUGACUUUGCAUUCAAACGCUGCAACGAGUUCCUGGAUGCAUGCAAUCAUACUGACAUUGAUACGGAGGAUCAAAUCCGUAUUUGGGAGCAUGACUGGGAUGCCUUUUUGACUAAUCACUUUUUGUUGACUCAUGAACAGGGUCGGAUACAAGUAGAUCCGCGAAAGUCCUGUGAUGGUUUGAUCAAGAGUGCGGAGAAACUUUUGCUGGAAAUCAAGGCAUUCUGGCCUCAGUACAAUUUGGAUGGUUGCUUGAACAUUUGGAUAGUCAAGCCAGCAAAUAAGUGUCGGGGAAGAGGAAUAAUUUUAAUGAAUAACAUCAAAAAGAUUUUGAAUAUGGUGAAUCCGCCGAUAGCUACAAAGUCCAGAUACGUUGUGCAGAAAUACCUUGAACGACCACUAAUUAUCCACAACACCAAAUUCGACAUACGCCAAUGGUUUCUUGUGAGCAGUGUACAACCACUGAUAAUUUGGAUGUACAAAGAAAGUUAUCUCCGCUUCAGUUCGCAAGAAUACAAUCUCCUCAACUACCACGAAUCAGUGCAUCUUACAAAUCAUGCGGUGCAGAAGAAAUAUCGCAACGGAAAGCGAGAUGAAAGACUUCCCACCGAGAACAUGUGGGACUGCUACACCUUCCAAACUUACCUGCGCCAAAUUGGUCAAUAUGAUAUGUGGGCUGACCGCAUUUAUCCGGGAAUGCAACAUGCAAUAGUUGGCGCUAUGCUGGCGUCACAGGACAAUAUGGAUAGAAGGGUCAACAACUUUGAAUUGUUCGGAGCCGACUUUAUGAUUUGCGAGGAUUUCUAUCCGUGGUUGAUUGAGAUCAACUCUAGCCCGGAUCUAGGAGCUACGACAAGCGUUACUGCAAGGAUGUGUCCCCAAUGCUUGGAGGAUACGAUUAAAGUUAUGAUCGAUCGAAAGCUUGACGUGAAUGCCGACACAGGUAACUUCGAGAUGAUAUAUCGACAAUCACUACCACCGGUACCCGCGUACAUGGGACUAAAUCUGUUCCUCAAGGGAAAGCAGAUACUUCCUAAGUGUUCAACUGUGAAGAAAGAACGAUUGAUGGGAUCAGUAGCAACUUACAUUUCUACGUGCCAUUACAGGAAUGCAACUCCAAGUCAACCGAACCCCAACUUGGUUCCAAUGCCUACGUAUAGGCCUAAUUUCGAAUUAGACAUAGAUAGAACGCCAAUAAAGAAAGCUACAGUUAUAGAUGACCUUCUCGACAACUUACUUCCUAUUGAAGCUAAGCGAGCUCUAACUGAUGGGAAUCUGCGUCCUUUUGGAAAUAAGAGUCCUUUGAUUUCGACAUUAGUCCAAAAUGGAAAACUUUUACGAUCUGCUACGUCCCCCUCCAUACGCUCAGAUAUAGCCAUGCCAGUAACUGCACUCGCUCGACCUUACACACAAAACUCACUGAGCUCCGUAAGUGCAAAUCUAUUAGAGAAGAAGCAAGGAUCAAGGCAUACUGAACUUCGACCAACCCCAAUCCAUCCUUACAGCAAAAGAUACUUCAGUUGCGGACCGCGGAUACAAGUGAUUUGUAGCCAACCAGAGGAAGCCCCUUGUGAUAUUAAGAAACUACAAGUAAGAAAUUCAGAUCCAGGAACAAUAGAUGAAAGUAAACUGUUUGCACAGAAACUGAACAAUAACCAAGAAAACCAAGGAAAUCGUUUAAAGGACACUUUGUCCAAACAAAAUGCUGUCGUAGAUCGCCUGUAUAAAUCGAAAUCCGCAAAAGUAGAACAAAAUUUAAAAAAUCUGUCAAGAAAAAAAGGAUGCACCGUGACUCCCACUCCGUCAUCCUCAAAUAGUGUUAGAAGAAAUUCAUGUUCUCGCAAACAAGCAACUGGUAAUGGUGCUGACAACGUAACAAAACUGUCAAAACUCACCCCUUCAAAAACGAUAAUGGACGACUAUACUUCUUCCCCGUUUUACGCUGUUGGGAUGAGCCUACGAGCAUGGAAAUCCCGUCAAAAUAAAUCCAAGAAAUCUUCUAACCAAUCCGCCAAUACUACUUCGAAUUUUAGGAGUCGGAGAAGUUCAGGUGUCACAAAAAGCCGACAACUGGGAAAAAUGAGAGAGAAAAAUGCUGCUGAAGGUUGA